AUGCGGGGCGUCCUGCAGCGCACCGAGAAGGGGCCGGUCGCGCGCAGCGCCACGCCGCUGGCGUCCGCCGGAGGCCCGCCGGAGGCUGUAUGCGGCGGCCACUUCCCCUCGGUCUUUCGCAAGGCCCUGGCCACCAAACUCGCGCUCGUCGCUCCGGGAACGGGCAGCAGCGCGACGCUUUUCGAGAGCGAGCGGCGGCGGCGGCUCAGCACCAACCUUUGCAACGCAGGGGCUGGCUGCGUGGGCCCCCACCACCGGACUCCGUCGGGUAUGGAGUUUGGCAACUGGGCGCUCACCGAGGAUUCGUCCGAGGCGUACCGUGCGACCUACGUGUUGCUGGUGUCGGCGAUUCUGCUGCCUGUCAUCCUCUUCGCGAGGCGCGGCUGCAUGACGGUCGGGCUCGUGCUGCUCCUUGCAUCAAUCGUGCACCAAGUGUCGCGCCUGCACGUGGACACUUCCUACUGGGGGCAUAUUGCGGCCGGAGUUGGGCUAUGCCGCGCGUCGCACUACAUUCUGCACGGCGACGGCGGCGCGCUGGUCAUCCGCGUGCAGCACGCGAGCCUCGGACUGAUUGCGACGCUGGCGAUGUUCUCGUACGUCGCCUUCCGGCUGCCGCUCCACACCUUUUACAACAAGGUGCACGCGACCAUCUGGGCGCUCGCCUCGCUCCUCUUCGCCUCGAUGGCGGCGCACCCGAUCACCGCCCGCGCGUGCAACGGCGCACUGCCUCGCGUUGCGGCGGCGCGGCAACUACACGACCCAGCGGUCUUUGGCGUGCAGCUGGGCGCGAUCUCGGUGAUGAUGCUCGCCUCAUCGGCGGUGCACGCGGCCUUGCCGCGGGAGUCGCCGCUCUGCACGCUCGUGCGCGGGCUGCACGCCUUUUGGUGGCUCUUCGCCGGCGUGUGGGCCGUGCACAUGGCGGCCUUCAUGUACGUGUUCAAGGGCAAGCGGGGCGUGCACCACUUGUGGCUGGGCGAAGACACUGACGCCAUACACGCGCACGAGGCGGGCAGUUGGAGUGUUGUGGGCGGUUGGUACCUCGCCGUCGACGCGUGGCUUUCUGCGGCGGUGCUCGUCCUCCCGCUACUCUGCUGCCCCGCCAAGUCCGCUGAGCUUUCGAGCGUCGCCGUCGCCGACGAUGAUGGCGACCCCUUGCUUGAGCGCAAAACCAUCUUCAACUUCGCCAAAGAGGUCGGCAACCCGAGCGCCGUCGACCGCACCGACUACGGCACAGCCUCCGGCAGCGGCCAGCGCCCGGGGCUUCGCCCAGCACCACUCGCAACAGCUCUCUCGCGCCGCCGUCUGCCCGCGAUCGCCACGAGCGGCGAGCCAGAGGCAUGCGCCUCCGGGGGCUUUGCAGCGCUAGGCCGCGAGCGGCUCACCGGAAAGCUUGGGCACGAGUGGUGCGGUGCCCAGAUCGGAUGGAAAGGGACGGACCGGUUUAGCGAGACGGACCGCCAGGAGUGUGAGGGCUGGUACAUCGACCCCGUGGAGGUCCCGCCGGCGGGGUCAUACGCUGCCGACUGCAGCUCUGGCUGCGCACUGUGUGUCUACGGGAAGCAGCCGGACACCAAGUACAAGUGCAUGAUGGGCGCAGUGACGCACGGCUGCCCGGCUUCGUCACCCUCUCCGCGACGCUCAUGCCCCAUUGAGGGCCAGCCCUGCGUGCUCAUCACCUUCCAGGCGGCCAUCUCGCCUCAGUCGUGUGGCGACGCCUUCCUCGAUGCCACGUGCCGCACCGUCGCCGCCAGGGCGGGGGUCAGCGCCUCGCGGUGCGACGCGUGGUGCUCCGCCGCCGCGACCCGCCGCCGGCUCGAGCCCGACGGUCGCGGCUUUGAGAACACCGCCCUCGCCAACGCGGCGUCCACCUUUUUGGCCGUCCGCGUGCUCGUCACGCCGGAGCUGACGCCGCCACCCCGCCGCCGCCGCGUGCCGCCUUCCGUGCUGAUUGGGUCAGUCCUCGGCGGGGUCUGCGCGCUCGGGAUGCUGCUGAUCGGCCUUCGAGCGGCGCUGCGCAAGUCACGACUGCACGGGCUGAGCUUGCGCAAGGCCGUGCCAGCGGGAAGCUCCAUCUCGCCGCCCUCGUGA